AUGAGUCUAAUUGGCAGUAGUUCAAAAGAUAGCAAUGCCAAAGACAGCUAUCGUAAUAGUAAACAUAUGGUUAAUUCAUCCAAUGGUAAAAAUCAUCAAGGGGAGAAAGAAGAUGAUAAUGUUAACACCCCUAUGCGAAUUAAUGCCGAACGAUUAUUUAUCAAAAGAAUAAACCUGCAUAACCAAAUUGCUCGUACAAUGCUAUUACGCGGAGGAGCAGAAAAUUUAAUAAGUGCUACCAAAGACAAGUAUAUUAAGAAUACAACCCAACAUCAACUGAAAUACUACAUUAAAAAAUUAAACAAACUUCAUAACGACCUAGGCUCACUAAAUAGCAAUUUGAUAUGUUUCCAAAAUGAAAGCAACAUUCAUCGAUCGGUGCCUAUGAUUACCUUUGGACUUAAAGUUGGUAAACCAAUAAAAUUUAUGUUCGCCUUCAAGGAUAUAAUUAGAGAUCAUUAUCAUGAAGACCCUGAUCUAUACGAAGAUGCUAUUGAAACUUUUACGAAAUUACGUGAGAACGCUUUGUCAGCGACACGAUCAGAAGCAGGCCUAAAAAAUUUAAUUGAAUACUUCAAUCAAUUAUAUUUUAUUAGCAAACGAUUUUUUCGUAUGAGAAAAAUUUUCAAUAUCCAAUUUUACUGGUUUGACUGUUUAAAUGGCGAGCCAAUAAUUCAAAAAUCAAUAAGUUUUGAAAAAGCAUCAAUUUUGUAUAACAUUGGGGCACUACUUACUCAGUUAGCUUCGAAGCAGAACUUUGUUACUGUUAAUGGAAUUUACGCAGCAAUUCAAUACUAUCAACGUGCAGCAGGCGCCUUCAAUAUGCUAUUGGAAAACUUUAAAAAUGCAGCAUCGUUUGAUUUAAGCGAAAAAAUGUUGCGAAUCUAUAUCAAGAUUUUAAAGGCUCAAGUUCAAGAAUGUUAUUACGGUAAAAUUGCUGUCACGAUGGACAGUAUCGAUAUUAGAACUAAAGUUAUUCUUUGCAGAGAAUCUGCUAUUGUUGGUAAGUGCUAUCAAGAGUUAUUUGAAUUCAUGCAAAAUGAUGCAAGUACAAAGUAUAUACCUGAAUCAUGGCGAUCAAUGAGCGAGGUCAAGUCCGCUAUAUUUACGGCGGUAUCUCAUCACUUUGCAGCCGAAGUUUUGAUGCAUUAUACAACUUCAACCAAAGUGGAGAGCACUCAAACGUUUUUAGCAGUGGUAGAAUCUAUGUAUGGAGAGAAGUGCCCACCCGAGUUAUGGAAAAAAAAUCAUUUAUUGCGAAGUGCUUUAGCGAAAUUUCAUUUGACUGAAGCCAUUAAUAAAGAUAAAAUGGCAAUGAAAAUUCGGGAUCGAUGUAUUUUUCUUCAGCAAAUGAAAGCUUUACAAAAGAUCUUGAUAAGAUCACAUAAGAUAUCUGUCAAUAUGAUAUCGUCCAUCUGGAAUCGAAAUAAUGGAUCAUUGGCAUCUGUAAUACCACCACAAAUUAAUGGUGCCUCACAAAAUCAAUUUCAAUGUGUUCAUCCUGUCUUUGGCAAGUCAAGCGAUCGUAGUGCAGAUCUCUUCGCUGCCUUGGGCCCUUUAAGCGUAUUUUGUGCCUCUGCAAUACUUUCAAACCUUAAAACCGUUGAAAUUCCCCUAACAAAUAAAACUAUUGGGUUUGAAUUGUCAAACAGUGCACCACCCAGAAUCGUUCGUGUGGAUGAAAGCAAAUUUUUGGUUGACACUUUAAAUGUCGAUGACUACAUCAUCAGUUUAAAUGAACGAAAUGUACGAAAUCUUAAAGGACCAGAGUUAAUGCAAGCUAUAGAACAAUGCGACGAAGAGUGUGUUCUAUGCGUGGCAAGAAUAGUUUUAAAUCCAUCCGAAUUUGAUUCUCCCCUACCACAGCCAAAACGGAAAGUUGGAAAUCCAGUGCAUGUUACAAUAUCAAUGGAAGGCGAAGAAGAGCGGAUAUUGCAUGCUAGAACGGUCGAACUUCCUGCAGUUAUUAAGCAUGUUGCAAAAGAUGAAGAUGUCGAAAACGAAAUCAAUGCUGUUGUCAACUCAAAUAAUGACGUGGAAAAUGAAGUUACAGCUAAUGUUGAGAUCCAUAUCUCCUCUGAGGAACCUGGACAGUACGAUCAAGAUGAAGUUGAGGAAAUGGAAGGCGGAGAAAGUGAAGAAUUGCAUUCGCUUCCACGUGAUAGUGAACAACAGAUUUCUGAACCUCAGGUCGUAGUGGAAAUUGAUCUUGUCAAUGAUGAUAAAGAAUCAUCCCAUAUUGACCGUCAUGAUGACAAGGAAGAUAUUGCCAAUCAUAUAUCUUUACCUCGAGCAAUGAUCGAUGAAAAUAGCAGCAAUCUAGAAACAACUGUCUCCAAUGACGAGCCUAUCAAUAAUGAAACUACAAUUGUAAGUACACUGCAGGCAGCAAAAAAUGAUUGUAGCGCUGACUUAACUGAAGAUGGUGAUAACCAACAAAAUAACCAUGAACAUCAAUUCUACGACAACGGCAAUGAGAUGGACGAAAAUGAUGGCUUAAGAAAUGAAGAUGAGACUGAAGAGGAUGGUGAUAAUCUAAAUCACAAUGAUAUCAAAUGGAGAACUAGGUUAGAUAGUGAUAUUCGAUAUGAAAUGGAAAUACGGGACAAUGCCCUCUAUGAGGAAGACAAUAUUGAUGAUUGGUUAUUCGUUAAUGAGGGCGAAAACGAAUAUCAAGAGCAACUAAACAAAGAGAAAGCCACCAAUGAUGAAGUAUCCAAUAACCCGAGCAUAUUACAUAAUGAUUCUGAAGUAAUACCAGAAAAUAAUGAUAAAAUAGUUCAGGACGAGGAAACUUUUGCUAACCAAGAGACUACCAGUGUUGUUAGAAAUAAUAUAUCGGCCACAGUAGCUGAGACGACAACUACUACCAUUGAAUUUUCAACACCUGAAAAAUUAAAUGAAAAUUCAUCUGUUACUACUGAUAACGCCAUAUUAACACGGUAUGAAAUUUCUACGAUUUCGCCAUCAACUUCAACAGAGACAUCAAAGACGAUAAUUUCAUAUAGUGCAACGAAUGAUCAAAGUACUGUACCUAUGAUCACGAUAGAAUCUGCAAACGAUGAUAAUUAA